UCCACUCGCAGCUCAUACGGAUUCUUAGUACUCAACUGAGAGACAUGGGGCGCUUUAGAUGCAAGACUCUGUUGAUCGUAGCUCUGGUGAGCGUCAUCGCUCUGCAGUUAUGGGCCUCUGUCGAAGCCCUUGACGAUGAACAUGACGGACUAGAGUUUCAAGCCUUGACAGGCUACGGCGGAGGAUCGAGUGGCGACGGCAAGGACGGCAGUGACGGCAAGGAUGGCCAUGGACGUGACAAAGGCGAUGGCAAGGACGGCAGUGAUGGAAAGGAUGGCAAUGGACGUGACAAAGGCGACGGCAAAGACGGCAGUGACGGCAAGGAUGGCCAUGGACGUGACAAAGGCGACGGCAAAGACGGCAGUGACGGCAAGGAUGGCCAUGGACGUGACAAAGGCGAUGGCAAAGACGGCAAGGAUGGCAAGGAUGGCCAUGACGAUAAGGGAGACCACGGGAACGGCAACGACGGUAAAGACGGUCAUCACGACGACAAUGAUGAUCACGACGGCAAAGACAAAGACCACAAGGAUUGCACCGCAAUGGGGUACAAGGGCCGCAAGCCCUGCAAGCCCGUGUCUCCUCCUCCUGCAAAAUCUCCCCCUCCCCAGGGCCCCAAGUCUCCACCACCUCCGAAGAAAUCCCCCCCUCCUCCAGUUGUUGUGAAAUCGCCGCCGCCUCCUGUCAAGUCUCCGCCGCCUCCCGUCGUCGUGAAAUCUCCCCCUCCUCCUUCAUACUCACCUCGGUCGCCGCCACCACCGGCAAAAUCGCCACCUCCUCCCGUGGUUGUCAAGUCCCCUCCUCCACCGAUGAAAUCUCCCCCUCCUCCCGUUGUGGCCAAAUCACCACCUCCUCCAGCAAAAUCUCCUCCUCCUCCGUACGCACAGAAGUCUCCACCGCCUCCCGUAAAAUCCCCACCUCCUCCAGUGGUAGUCAAAUCCCCUCCGCCUCCAGCAAAAUCUCCUCCUCCUCCAUACGUACAGAAGUCUCCACCACCUCCCGCAAAAUCCCCACCUCCUCCAGUGGUAGUCAAGUCCCCUCCACCCCCGAUCAAGUCUCCCCCACCACCAUACACAGUUCCAUACUACUAGAUCGGACUUGCGCCCGCGGCUGUAAGCUCUUAUCAAUACAUCAGAUAUUGAUAAGAGCUUACCCCUCGAGCUUACCAACAUCAAUGAGGUUAUCAUACCAGCACUUAUUUGGAUCCUUGGUCGGCAGAUCAUACCAGCUCUGUAGUGCCUUUGUAGAAUUUAGAGAGGUAUUAAGUCACUUUGCUUCGGGCGUGACUACGUUCCUGGCGAACUCCAUUUUAAAUGCUGUCAUACAGAAUCGUUUAGCUCCGCACAGGAUUCUAGAUUCGGUAUCAUCUGCAGAUGUCGCAUGAAAUCUGCAUAUGAUACCGAAGAGUGAAUGAGAACGUACAAUGUGUUCAUGUUUUCAUUCUGAACCAAAUUCUGUAUACAACUUCCAAUAUAAUUUCUGAUUCAGAUAUUCGUAUCAAGUUUUUAAC